AUGGCAAAACAAAUCGCAAAGAAGAAGAAACGUAGGGUGAUUCUUUCCUCAGACUCUACUGCAGAUGAGAGUGAAAUUAUUCCUGAGACACCUGAGGCAGCUUUGAUUAAAGAUUCUUCUAAACUAGAUACUUCUGUUAGUACACCACCCGAAGCUUCGAUUGCUAAAACAGUUACUGUGGAGGCACGAGCUUCAGAGAUCCCUGUAAACAUAUCUGAUAUGGAUACAAAUGUCAUCAUGGGUGAGGACAAUUCGAAUAAAGCAGCAAAAGGUAACCCUUCGAGUAUUGUUUCUGAUUCUUUCAUUUCUUUACCUUCACAUAUUACUCCCAUUGCUCCUAUAACAUCCACAACUGAGUCUCCAACCUCUGCAAACAUUAUUUCACAACCUUUCACAACUCUUUUUCCUUCACAAUCAACUGAUCCACCAACCACCACUUCUCCGAUAAAAGAUUCAUUCAUGGAUACGGAAAAUGAGUCUGAAGGUUUUGGGGGAACCUUUGAGAAUCUGGAGUUUGAUGAUGAUGAAGCAGACUUCCUAGAUCAUAUGCUAAUGAUGAUGAAACAGUUCAAAAUAUUGAAUACAAAGCUCAAUUCGAUUAUUCAAUCUCAAGCUGAUCUUGGGGGAGCCCAGGACCCCGGCCACAUCGUGAGAAUCGAAGAGGUGGAUAUUGCAAUUUCGUCCCUUGCCGAGACGGAUUUUGCGGGCCACUUCCGUCUGGGGGAGCUGGAUUAUGACAACUUCCACCAAUUUUGUCGUAGGCUGGGUCCAGGAAGCUCUUCCUCGGACUUUGUGGACUGA